UUCAACAAACUAACAUAACCUCACUUUCUGUUACAUUGUUUACGAUAUUGUUUUCAAGUGUUUCACACUAGUGUACACAUAAUUAACUACGACCAAAUCAAUUUCGACUAAAAAUAUCUUUCGAGCACCAAAAAUUAUCCACUAUUUGUUGUUUUUUGUGAACAAUAAACAUAACCUAGCUUUUUUAGAUUAAUUUUACUUUAGAUCCGUACAUUUUUUCACCAUUGUGACACCAGAAGACUAACAGCAAUUGUACAGAUGAAUUUGUUGUGUGUUCCAAUGGAUCCAACUUCAAAAUGUGUACACAAGUCAUAGAGCCCCUCAAGCGACCAUUCACGUGUACAGGUUACAUACCGCCAUAUGAGUGCGAAGUUUGCCCUACUUUCCAGACCAAUUUGCUGACACGCUUUCGAGAGCACCUCUCAGAAAAACACACACAACAAGACUCCCAUCAACUAAUUUACAAGUGUCUCCAGUGCGACUUUACUAGUUACUCUAAGUUUUUGUUGAUAAGACAUACUCUCUUCACGGUUUCCCAUUCCAACCUCACCAAACAUUACGCCUUUGGGGUCUACCAGUGCAAAUGGUGUUUGUACACCACUCACUGGAAGAACGAUGUUCCCAUGCAUGUUCUAACCCAACACACUAAACUAGCACAAGUUCGUGCAUCAAUUUACAUUGAAGGAAAAGAUUUCCCAAAAUCGAGGAAAAGACGCAGCAGAAGAGGAAGAGAGCGCCGUUUCCGGUGUACACAGUGUUCGUACUCUGCUUUAUAUAACGCAGAAUUGAAGUCUCACAUUUUACUAAAACAUACAUCUGAAGAUCAAAUCCAGUGGUUAGAAUGUGAACAAUGCGCAGCCAAAUUUAAGUUACAAGCGCAUUUAAAUCGGCACGCCAAAGUACGACAUCCUAAUCCCGAGGAAGUCAGGUGGUUCGAUUGCGAUUUUUGCAAUUACAAGUGUAAACAAAAAUACAUCCUGAACAGACACAUCAAGCUGAACCAUGUAUCGGAAGAAGAAAUUCGUUGGUUCAAAUGUGCGGUUUGUCCUUUUAAAACGAAGCGCAAACGAGAUUUAGUUUCGCAUAAUUUGAAGAAACACGGGAUUGCUGAAAGCGGGAAGUAUUUUCAGUGUCCACAUUGUGCGUUUAGAGGCAUACACAAGUUUCAGUUUAAUGUCCACUUGAAGACGCAUUCCACAGAGGAGUCGGAUUGGUUUAAGUGUGAUUAUUGUGAGUUUAAGACGAUUCGGAAGUUUAGUUUAAAAGAACAUUUGUUGCAUAGGCAUACAGAUCCUGCAAAAAUCGAGUGGUGUGUGUGUGAAGGUUGUGGGUUUAAAGGAAAGACGAAACAUGCUUUACAGAAACACGUGAGGAGAGUGUGUGGAAAAGGGAAGACGUGACAGUGAAACGAUUUUGUAAUUUUAAUAAAGAACAAAUAAAAAUAACAUUUUUGUUAAUA